UACACAUUUAUCGUUUGAAGAACUAUUAACUUUGUUCGCACAAGUGGAGGCUAUACUAAACAGUCGUCCAUUGUACCCUAUGUCAUCCUCUCCUGACGAUUUUCACUCCUUAUCUCCUGGGCACUUUUUAAUCGGCAGACCUUUAAAUGCACUGCCGGCACCGGCAUUAGAAGACAGCAAAAUAAACCCAAUCCAGCGACACCUUCGUCUUGAGCAAAUCCGACAACAUUUUUGGAGAAGAUGGCAAUUGGAAUACAUCUCUGAACUACAACAAAGAACGAAAUGGAAGACCGAUAAAACAAAACUCAAUAUUGGAGAUCUGGUCUUGCUGAAAGAAAAGGAUGCUCCGCCAUUGUGCUGGCGUCUUGGACGGGUCUCUCGACUGUUCCCAGGCUCGGACGGUGUAGCACGGGUGGCAGAUAUCAAUACUGCAAGAGGUUGCGUGCGUCGACCUCUGGUUGGCCUGUGCCCUUUGCCAACUUCUGAAGCUUCAAGUUGAAAGUCAUGUCUUUCAAAGGAGGGAAGAUGUUCGCGCGCUUAAGUUACGGCAAAAAUGUAACACUUUGUUGCGGGUGGAAGAAUAAUAAAUGUCACUCACUACUAACUCGGCCAUUUUACACAAGUGAUUCUUGCUCUGUACAAUUUUAUUAUAUUAAAUGUCUAAAUAAGUAAAAUAUCGAGUUUCACUAAAG